AUGGUCGAUCGUCUACGAGCCACAGCAGCAGCUUUUACGCCGCUAAGUACCCGUAGCGACAUAAUUCGCCCUCUGAAUGGUCAGGAGCACAAUGGGAUUACUCAUUACAAUUCCAUUCCUGCGUCCGCCGUCUUUCCAGUCAGCGACACACGGAGCAGCCCCAGCAUCAAGACCAAAAUCGACUGCCAGUUCUGCAAAUCCGUAGGUCGCGCUCUCAAUUGCUGUCGAGCUCGAACAGAUUUACAGGCAUGCCUAGACUGCGCGGAACUCAGCCAGCUCCUCAUCCUUGAAAACAAGAAACACCAAGAUGAAAUAGCCGCUUUACGUGAGCAGCUGAGGCAGCUGGAAGAAGAAACAGCAGAAGAGAAGUUGACCAGGCUAUGCGUCAAGAGCGAGACGAAGAUUGUUAAACUGAAAAGCGAGGUAGAGAAUAUGAACGCAGAGGACGAGUUACUGAAGGCCGAAAAUGAGGAAUUAACGAAGACGUUGAAGAGACUCGAGGUUGAAAUAAAAAAGGCACAGCCUGCUACAGAGUUCACAGUCCGGGAGGCGAAGAGGGGGAAGAGGAUGUAG